CCUCAUCACCCAGGUGGUGAACGUGAACGUGUCUCUCACGCGCCUGCAGGAGAUGCUACUGGCAGACGAAACAAACAUUGACGCCCCUGCGCCGCCCAUCGACCCCGCCAAGCCGGCAGUCGAGGUUUCCCAUGCCUCCUUCGCCUGGAGCGCUGCCCCCUCUGCUCCUGCUCCCACUGCUGCUGCUGCUAACGGUGCUGCUACUGGUCCUGGUGGUAGCAGUGCUGCUGGGGGAGGAGGGGGAGUUGGCAGAGAGAAGGUUGGAGUGGGAGGGGAGGGGAAGGAGAAGGACGUGGGGGGCACGCUAACAGAUGUGACUCUAUCGGUGGAGCCUGGGAAGCUGGUGGCUGUUGUGGGCGCCACAGGGCAAGGCAAGUCGUCGCUGGUCAGUGCACUGCUGGGCGAGAUGCCCAUGGUGUCAGGGGACUCUCCUCCAAUCAUCAGAGGCCGCGUGGCCUAUGUCUCCUGGAUCUUCAACGCCACAGUGCGCGAGAACAUUCUGUUCGGGCUGCCGUACGACCGGCAGCGGUACGAGCGGGCAGUGAGAGUGAGCGCCCUGGAGAGGGACCUGCAGCUGCUGCCAGGAGGGGACCUGACGGAGAUAGGCGAGAGGGGAGUGAACGUGAAUGGCGGGCAGAAGCAGCGCAUCAGCAUCGCGAGAGCGGUCUACUCCGACGCCGAUGUGUUCCUCUUUGACGACCCGCUCUCCGCCCUCGACACCCACGUCGCCAAGCAGGUGGGUUGCUGCAUUGGGCCUGGAGUUUUGGAGCCGGGCAUUCAGGAGUUAGGGCUUCGGGUUGGGGUUACAGGGGAGAGGGGUGUGGACAUGAGUGGGGGGCAGAAGCAGCACAUCAGCAGUUACUCCAACGCUGAUGUCUUUUUCUCUGACGACCCGCUCUCCGCCCUCGACGCCCAAGUUGCCAAGCAGGUGUACGACACGUGUGUGAGGACGGAGCUUGCCGGCCGCACGCGCAUCAUGGUCACGAACCAGCUGCACUUCCUACCAGCGGUGGACUGGGUGGUGAUGGUGGAGGGGCGGCGCAUAGCAGAGCAGGGGCCGUAUGUGCAGCUGAAGGCGUCGGCACCCAAGUUCCAGAGGCUGCUGGAGAAGGCAGGCGUGCUGGAGGAGCACGGGGACGCGGAGGUGGGCGGAGAGGGAGGGGAAACAGCCGGUGGGAGUGAGACAAGCGCUGAAGCUGCAGCUGCUGCUGCAAUGUCUGGCAGCAGCAGCAACAGUGGUGGUGGUUGCGGGGGUUCUGCUGCUGCAGAGAACGGCUUUUCUAGCAGCAGAAACCAGGUUGGGGAGAAAAGCGGAGCAGGGAAGGGGGAGAGGAGGGGAGCAGGGAAAGGGGAGAAGAGCGGAGCAGCAGGGGGAACAACUCUAGUGCAGGUGGAGGAGAAGGUGCAGGGGGUGGUGAGCGCGGCGGUGGUGUGGCGGUAUGUGAGGGCCAUGGGGGGGGCGGGCGUGCUGGCGGUGCUCAUCUCGCUCUACGUGCUCGUGGAGGCCGCGAGGGUGCUGGCCAGCGUGUGGAUCAGCGUUUGGACGGGGAGUGUUUCUCAGGAGGAGAGUGGUGGGCAUGGGUCGCUGUAUUUUGUGGCGGUCUAUUCGCUCAUCUCCCUGGGCCAAGUGCUGCUCACCUUCGCCAACCAAUACUUCCUGGUGUUUUCCUCCCAGAGAGCGGCUGGGCGUCUGCACGAUGCCAUGCUGGCGGCCAUUCUCCGCGCCCCCAUGUCCUUCUUUCACACUAACCCCGUGGGUUGUCUGAUCAACCGCUUCACCAAGGACACGGCGGACAUAGACAAGAAUCUCGCGCAGUACACGUCUCUCUCUGUGGGUCGUCUGAUCAACCGUUUCACUAAAGAUACGGCCGACAUCGAUAAAAACCUCGCGCAGUACACGUCGCUGUGCCUGGGAGGAAUAUUCCAGCUGCUCUCCACCUUCGCCCUCAUCGGCGUUCUCAACACCGUCGCCCUCUGGGCCAUCGUGCCGCUGCUGCUCCUCUUCUACAUCGUUUACCUCUACUUCCAAAACACUGCCCGGGAGGUCAAGCGCUGGGACUCAGUGACGCGCUCUCCCGUCUACUCCCAGGUACGCUUUGAGGCAGCUCAGAAUUUUAAGCCAAAUGAGUGGACCAUCGUGCCACUGCUGCUGCUCUUCUAUGUGGUCUACCUCCACUUCCAGAACACUGCAAUGGAGAUGGAGUACUGGGACUCUGUCACACGCUCGCCCGUCUACUCCCAGGUGUGUGUCCACUUUGUUCGCCGAGGCACUGAGCGGGCUGGCAACUAUGAGGGCGUACAGGGCAGCAGCAUGGGGCAUGGCAGGGAUGAACGAGUGCCACCAACCCCCCCUUCUUCUCCCCCCUCCCACUUCUCACACGCACACAACCCGUCCCCCUCUCAGUUCACGGAGGCACUGAACGGGCUGGCAACUAUGAGGGCGUACAGGGCAGUGGCAUGGCGCAUGGAGGGGAUGAACGAGCGCCACCAACCCCCCCUUCUUCUCCCCCCCUCCACAUGCAUACAAAACCCAUCCACCUCUCAGUUCGCGGAGGCACUGAACGGGCUGGCGACCAUCAGGGCGUACAGGGCAGCGCAGCUCAUGGCGGCCAUGAACGGGCAUGCGGUGGACCGCAACACGCGCUUCACCCUCGUCAGCAUGAGCGCCAACCGCUGGCUCGCCUUCCGCCUCGAAUUCCUGGGCGGACUCAUGAUCUUUGGUCAGUGA